AUGUUGCCCAAUGCUACUGAAAGUUUGUUGGGAAUGAAUUUUAUUCAGGACGCUGGCAUGGUAUUAGAUUUUUCUCGCGGUAUAUGGUUUAUGAACCACGAUAGGGUCUCUCAGCCCAUCGUCUUUGAACCUAAUGGUGGUAGGUCAUACAAACCUUUACAUUGCUCGUCUGUGGAUCUUCGCGACGAUGAAGGAUUCCACUUAGGUAAGGACGAACGACAGCAGCUGUCCAACCUUCUGAAUGUCAAUGAGGACAUUUUCACUCCAGGGGGAGGACCCACUCAGUUUGCUGUUCACCACAUUGAUACCGGAGAUGCCAGCGCCUUAACGCGUUACGUGGGUAAAUCUCCUGUUAUUGCGCAUCAGCGCCAUCGCGGUAGACUAGCCAAGUCACAGUCGGGUCGACCAUGUAACUUGGAGGGGGAGGAUAUAGCGGGCAACAUUGUAGGCCCUUCCGGGGAGACAUCGCGUCACCCUGCGCCCCCCUCGUCCAUACCACGCCGUUCCCAGCGCCCGCGUCGAGGACCGCCCGUGCGCCUCAUUGAACAACUUUAUAAUAUUAGUAUAGAUACCUAUCGACUGUCAAAAAAUUUGCUGACGAAACUUUGUGAAGAGAUUCGGCCUAUGAUGAACGUCGCUAAAAGAGCUACCAAUUUAUCUGUAGAGACAAAAGUUUUAACUGCUUUAUCUUUUUUUGCAACUGGUUCUUACCAGAGACCUAUAGGUGAUAUAGGUGGGCAUUCCUUGGCUCAACAAACUGUUUCAAAAGCAAUUGCUCAGAACUCCAUGGAAAUGAGAGAAAAAUAUAUAGUUUUCCCAAGAAGCCAUGAAGACCGAAAUAAAAUAAGGGCAAGAUUUUAUCAAAAAUUUGGCAUUCCUGGUGUUCUAGGGUGCAUAGACUGCACACAAAUAGCUAUUAUAAGACCUACAGAAAAUGAAGAACGAUAUUUCUGUAGAAAACAUUACUAUUCAUUGAAUGUUCAGCUUAUUUGUGAUGCAGAUAUGCAAAUAACAAGCGUGGAUGCUAGUUUUGGAGGGGCCACACAUGAUUCCUUCAUAUGGAAUUCCCAUCCCAUUAAUAAUAAUUUGGAAAAUUUGGAUGAAACAACAUGGUUAUUAGGUGAUUCUGGCUAUCCACUGAGGCAGUUUCUUAUGACACCAGUGGUAAAUGCUCUCCCUGAAACUCCGGAAGGCCACUACACUAAUGUACAUGUUCGAGCCAGGAAUAUAAUUAAGAGAACUAUUGGCCUUCUAAAGUCACGCUUUCGUUGCCUCUUGACCCACAGAGUUCCACACUAUAAACCCCAAGUUGCUGCAUCUAUUGUUAAUGCUUGUGUCAUUUUACACAAUAUUUGUAAUAAAGCAAAUCUUACAGCACCAGAAUUGAGUGAUGCAGACAGCUCUCAAGAAGCUCAAAUGCAGCCUACCAAUCUUGCUGAAGAUACUGUGAGUAGCAGCCAAAACAACCAAGCACUUCAACAGGGUGUAGCUAUUCGGAAUGAUCUCAUUCGUCGACUGUGGGAUGUCCGGCGUUCCUGA